AUGGAAUACCAAUUCCUUUCCUUUCCAACCUUUUUCUCCUUCCUAUUUUUUCUCUUCAUGGUAUUAAAAUUAUGGAAAAGAUCCAAAAAUAACUCAAAACCAAAUUUACCACCAGGGCCAUGGAAGCUACCUCUAAUAGGAAGCAUGCACCAUUUAGCAGGAGCCCUACCCCAUCACCGCAUGAGAGACUUAGCCAAAAAAUAUGGACCUAUCAUCCACCUUCAACUUGGUGAAUUUCCACAUAUUGUUGUUUCUUCACCUGAAACUGCUAAACAAGUUAUGAAAACCCAUGAUGUUAUUUUUGCUCAGAGGCCUUCUCUGCUUGCAGGAAUCAUCGUGGGUUAUAAUUGUACGGACCUUACAUUUGCUCCUUAUGGAGAGUAUUGGAGACAAGUGCGAAAAAUUAGCAUGCUCGAAUUGCUAACAGCAAAACGGGUGCAAUCAUUCAAAUCUAUAAGAGAAGAACAAAUGUCCAAACUUAUUAGAGAAAUGUCUUCUGGUUCAGGGUCACCAAUCAACUUUAGCAAGAUGGUAAAUUCUUUGACUUAUAAUAUCAUUUCAACAGCAGCUUUUGGUAAAGUGUGGAGUGGAGAAGAAAUGUUCAUACCAGCUGUUAAAAAAGUUAUAGAAGCUGCUGCUGGUUUAAGUCUUGCUGAUUUAUACCCUUCCAUUAAGUUGUUUCAAAUGUUUAGCACUUUGAAGCAUAAACUUUUAAGAGUUCAGAAAGAGUUAGAUGAGAUAUUUCAGAACAUUAUUGACGAACAUAGAGCUAGAAGAAUGGAAGGAAAACCUGGUCUUGAAAGUGAAGAAGCAGAUUUUGUAGAUGUUCUUUUGAGAUUUCAGGAUCAAGAAGACUUUCAAUUCCCUGUAACAGAUGAAAAAAUAAAAGCAAUUAUUCUGGAUAUGUUCAUUGCUGGGAGUGAAACAUCCACCACAACUCUAAUAUGGGCGAUGUCAGAGAUGAUGAAAAAUCCAAGAGUGAUUAAAAAAGCACAAGCUGAGGUGAGACAAGUUUUUAAUAAAAAUGGAAACAUCGUCGAGGAAGCAAGUCUUGGAGAAUUCUCUUAUCUGAAAGCAGUAACUAAAGAAACUCUAAGAUUACAUCCUCCUGUUCCUGUGCUACUUCCAAGAGAAUGUAAAGAGGAUUGUCAGAUUGAUGGUUAUGACAUUCCUGCCAAAUCCAGGAUUCUUGUGAACGCCGGAACAAUUGGAAGAGAUCCCAAUUACUGGACUGAAGCAGAAAAAUUCUAUCCAGAAAGGUUCCUGGAUUGUUCAGUGGAUUACAAGGGAACUGACUUUGAAUUUAUCCCAUUUGGUGCUGGAAGGAGAAUGUGUCCUGGAAUGUGGUUUGGAAUAGCAAAUGUUGAAUUUCCACUUGCACAAUUACUAUACUAUUUUGAUUGGAAACUCCCAAAUGAACAGAAUCCAGAAGAUCUUGACAUGGCAGAAGAGUUCGGAGCUGUAAUUACAAGGAAAAACGAUCUCCGAUUAAUUCCUACUCCAUAUAUUCCAUCUUUACCCUAA